AACCUGGAUCGGUUGAGCUGACUGGAUUUCGCAAACUCAGAUUCAUGUCUGCGCUCGGGUAGGUUCUCACAUCGAAUCGCAGAGGAUACAAUCAGUGUCAAUGGACUCUGAAGUAGAACUGGUCGAUGCACAUAAUCUAAAACAGUCUCCUGCGUCCAUGACUACAUGAUGGAGAAACAGACCGUGGUCACCGUGGUCAGUUUGUCCAUGAGCGUUGCGUCACUGUCGCUUCUGAUUACUGCUAUUCUCACCGAUCACUGGUAUGAGACGGACACCACACAACACCGGCAGAACUGCGAUCAGUACGGGCUGGACUCCAACGGCCAGAAGAACCGAUUAAUGCCCAUUUAUCAUCUUCCGUUAUUGGAAAGCGGCAAUCCUCGAGGGAAUCAGGCGCUCCUCAGAGCUAUCCACGUAGGUAGCAAAGAGGAGGAACUUUUGGAAAACUGGAGAUCAAUUUUGGGAAUGGGUAUUUUGGAGACGGAAUGCGGGCGCCCCCUUUUCUCCACUUACUCUGGGCUUUGGAGGAAAUGUUACCAUGUUGGCCAGGACCGAGACAUCGAUAAUCUCAUCACCAAGGGUAUAGCCCAGCGCUGCACCCCCAUCAAGUAUCAUUUCUCCCAGCCGGUGCGUCUGCGUAGCAUCCCUCAGAACCUCACCAGGAUCAUUCAGCAGGAUGAGUGGCACCUCUUACACCUGCGGAGGAUCACUGCAGGGUUCCUGGGGAUGGCUGCUGGGGUCAUGCUGUGCGGCUGCAUCGUGGCGUCAGUCAGCUUCAUCUGGGAGCACAGCCUCACGCAGCACGUCUCGGGACUGCUCUUCCUCAUGGCUGGUAUAUUCUGCACCAUCUCCCUGUGUACCUAUGCGGCCGGUGUGUCUUACGAGCUGUCCAGGGUCCCCCCCUUCAUCUACGGGCUGCCUGCGGAUGUGGAACAUGGCUACAGUUGGUCCAGUUACUGCGCCUGGUUCAGCCUGGGGCUCGCUGUGGCAGCAGGCUGCCUGGCCACCACGUACCCCAUCCUCACCCGCAGCGAGGGACGGAGGGGCAAGGCUGACCCCGACACCCCUGCCUGACACACACACAGACCCCAGGAAGAUCAUCCAGCCACACACGCUGGUGGAAGAUGGAGCCAAGAUGGACGUUUUCUGCCGAGCCACAGGCGGUGGGAUGACGCCUUGCUGGUUUAGCAUUUGUGAGAGUGAUACUGUUCACGUGUGUCCUACGUGGCUGUGGUCCGUGUUCGAGGGCAUGACAACCUCUCCUGAUCCACAGCAGUAUCCUGGACAGCAACAUAUAGCCUAGAACCCAUGGAUACUAAUUAUUCUCCUUUGGACUUGUUCCCCGAAGCUUGGUAAAUAUGUUGGCCUGCCCCAUCAGGGGACAUCAGAUCUUAUUUCAAAGGACCAUAAUGUGAGUGUAGGUGUACUGUAGUGUUGUUGUGUUGUCUGUAUGCCACUUCACACGUGGGUGACUGUUCAGGUAAUAUCAAGUGGAAGGAAA